AUGAUGGCCUUAGUUUACAAAUUUUUGUUCCUUUUGUUUUCUCAACUUAUGCUACUCGCUAAUGGCUACCAAGAAGAUUGCCCGGCUUCAUUUAGUUGUGGAUACCUUGGUAAUAUCAGCUUCCCUUUCACUACAACACAACGCCAGGACUGUGGCUUAUUGCCAAUACAAAAUUGUGAUGAUGCAAUGAAGCCCAAAAUGAUCCAAUUUCAGAAUAAAGGAAAAUGGUUUGUGGUUGGAAAUGUAAAUUCUCUUGAGUUUCGCGGUAGUAGCAAUGCUACUUUUUCUUUUGUUUUCAGAGACAAUAAUCUCUACCAACUGCUACAAAGCAAAAGUUGUGAAGCUCUCAGAUAUAAUUAUACUCUUCCUCCAACCUCUCACUUUCUUUCUUUUCAUAUAGAAACUCGUGCAACCUUGUUCAUGUGCAACCGUUCCCUCCAUGUCAACCCUCCAACAUAUAUGCAUAACUAUACAAACUGCCGUCUCUAUGAUUUCUACUACCGGCCUUUCAACAAUCCUGAUAAUGCAUCUCCGACUGCUUUUACAGCAUGUGCAAAUGUCCGACUUCCAGCUAAAGACUUUGCUGACGCUGACGACCUUUUUACUUUCAUUACUGCUGAUAUCCCAACUCAAGUAAACAUUACAGAGGAUUGUUCAAAUUGUCACUACAACCAAAGAGGACGGUGUCAACUUGACCGCGAUGGAAGGUUUUAUUGUGCCAACGUUAUGGUAGCAAAACAAGAAGGGCUGACGUGGAUAGAUACACUGGGUACAAUAGUCACGGUGAUUAUUGGAGUUGUAGUGCUGAUUAUUGGAGCUGCAAUGGUGCAAUUGGUUUUAUGGAUAGUGAUAAAGAUCUUUACUACAGCAUUUCUUUUGUUUAAGAAAGAAGAUUCAACUCAUCGUAUUAUUGAGGAGUAUCUGAAAGAACAUGGACCUCUUUCAGCUGUUAGGUACAAUUAUUCAGAUAUCAAGAAAAUAACAAACUCCUUCAAAAACAAAUUAGGUCAAGGAGGAUAUGGAAGUGUAUACAAAGGGAAGUUACGUGAUGAGCGGAAUGUUGCAGUGAAGAUUUUAAGUGAAUCAAAAGGUGAAGGUGAAGAUUUCAUUAACGAAGUUGCAAGUAUUAGUAGAACUUCACAUGUCAAUGUUGUUAGACUUUUAGGGUUCUGUUUGGAUGGUUCUAAAAAGGCGCUAAUAUACGAAUACAUGUCUAAUGGAUCUCUUGAGAAAUUCAUAUAUGAAGAGAAAAAUCCACUGCAGAAUGAUCUCCAACUACUGGAUUGCAAGACAUUGUAUGAUAUUGGAAUUGGCAUUGCUCAUGGAUUAGAGUACUUGCAUAGAGGUUGUAACACUAGAAUCUUGCAUUUUGACAUAAAGCCUCAUAAUAUAUUAUUAGAUGAAGAUUUCUGUCCAAAAAUUUCUGAUUUUGGACUUGCUAAAAUAUGUCCAAGAAAAGAAAGCAUUGUAUCCAUAUUCGGCGCGAGAGGAACACCCGGAUAUAUUGCUCCAGAGUUGUUUUCUAGAAAUUUUGGAGAAGUCUCACAUAAAUCAGAUGUCUAUAGUUAUGGAAUGAUGGUUUUAGAGAUGGUUGGACAUAGAAAGAACAUUAAGGUUGAAGUUGAUUGUUCUAGCGAGUUAUACUUUCCACACUGGAUUUACAAGUGUCUUGAAUUGAAUCAGGAUCUUGGACUUAAGUGUAUUAAAAAUGAAAUUGAUGAAGAAAUGGUGCGAAAAAUGACAGUGGUGAGUUUAUGGUGCAUACAAACCAACCCGUCGAAUCGACCAUCAAUGCAUAAAGUGGUGGAAAUGUUGGAAGGGAGCCUUCAAGUGUUGGAAAUGCCACCCAAGCCCUUUUUGUCUUCCCCUUCAGUAUCUGUAUCUGCAACACCUUUGUCAUCUGAAAUAUUAUAA